UGCCAGCAACACAGGCAGAUAGCGAUGAACACUGGCAGAGAAGAGCCUUAGCUGUUUAGAGUAUGAACAUCUUCACAGGGCAGGUCUGCAGGGAGCCUCGUUCAUAAUCUAGGAGGAAGCUUUGGAUACUGAUCUCCCAUCUUCAGGCUGCUUUUUUUGAGGACUUUCCUGUGACAAUGAAGAGGUUUUCCCAGAGUCUGAUUUCUGAUCUCCUUCAUCACCCUCCUCCUCCUCCUCUCUGGACUUGCAACAUGUCUGACUUUGAGGAUUUCAGCAGGCAAGCAGGGCAGACUAAUGUCUCUGACAGCUACCAGCUGAAUCCCACCAGCGUGAUCGUGUCGGUGGUCUUCUCCCUCAUCUUCCUGCUGGGCACCAUCGGCAACAGUCUGGUGCUGGCUGUGCUGCUGCGGAGCGGGCAGCUGGGAUACAACACAACCAAUCUGUUCAUACUCAACCUGAGCGUGGCCGACUUCUUCUUCAUCAUCUUCUGCGUUCCUUUUCAAGCCACCAUCUACUCUCUGGAGGGCUGGGUGUUCGGAUCCUUCAUGUGCAAAGUGGUGCACUUCUUCAUCAACCUCACCAUGUACGCCAGCAGCUUCACACUCGCUGCUGUCUCUGUUGACAGGUAUCUGGCCAUUCGUUACCCGCUACGCUCCAGAGAGCUGCGUACCCCGUGUAACGCAGUGGUUGCCAUGGUGAUCAUCUGGGGUCUUUCUCUGGUCUUCGCGGGUCCGUAUCUGAGCUACUAUGACCUGAUCGAUUACGCCAACAGCACUGUGUGCAUCCCUGGCUGGGAGGAGCAGAACAGGAAGUUGCUGGACACGUGCACGUUCCUGGUCGGCUACGUCAUUCCCGUGCUCAUCGUGAGUCUCUCGUACACUCGGACCAUCAAGUACCUGUGGACGGCCGUGGACCCGCUGGACGGCAUGUCGGAAUCCAAGAGGGCCAAACGCAAAGUCACAAAAAUGAUCAUCAUCGUCACGGUGCUUUUCUGCAUCUGCUGGCUGCCGUACCACGUGGUGAUCCUGUGCUACCUGUACGGAGACUUCCCUUUCAACCAGACCACGUACGCCUUCAGGAUCCUCUCCCACUGCAUGGCCUACGCUAACUCCUGUGUCAACCCCAUCGUGUACGCUCUGGUGUCCAAGCACUUUCGCAAAGGCUUUAAGAAAGUGUUCAGCUGUAUCCUUAGUAAAAAAGGCAGAAACAAGGUCCACGUGGUUCACGUCGCCAACACCGUGCCCGGGUUUGAAGCCGGCUCCACGGAAGUGUCGCAGAUGAACGAGGAGCACGUGCGACAGAAUGAAUGUGAAAUGAUAAACAGGCCUCUCCCAGAGCCCAGAGAAGCCACGGUAACACUGAAUCUGCCCUUUCAGCGACAGACUUGACAAGUGAUUCAGCUUUCCUGACGGGCUGAAUACAGAUUGCCUUAUGUGAAAGACAUCGCAGCUGAUAUUCUCGAGAAAAAGUGCAAGCUUCUCAUCACGACAUUCACAGUUCUGGGAGCUAACAGAAGAAGAGAUUAAAAGAACAUAUUGUAUUAUUCUUAAAGGGGACAUAUUGUGACUUUUUCAGUGACAACAAUGUGGUGAUCUGCAGUGCCUACCAACCCACAAACUGUGAAAUAGGACAACCCAGUCAGUAUUUUGGGGGCUCACAAACCAUUCAGAAUAGGCUCCCCUUCCUGUGUCACAUUAGAAUGUAUCUACACACCCAUUGCUUGAGAACUACUUUUGCUGUUUUUUACAUGUUAGUUUAACAUAAAGGCAUUUUAAUACAUGUUAAACCUCUGUGAGCAUGACAUGUCCCCUUUAAGUGUUACCAAAAAUCUGUUUCUUUCAUCAUCUUUUGUACUUACCACUAUAGCAUGUCCCUCUAGAGCAGAUUAAAACUCGGAAAAGUAUUUAUUAAAAGUGGAAACUUCUCAGUAUUUCCUACUGCCUUAACCAUGGCCUGCUGCUGGGUGUUUCUGUCAGUAUGAGAAUCUUCAUAAUUCCAGCACUUUUAAGAGCAGCGCAGAAUGUGUCUCAUAAGGUUACAGUUAUGUUUCACCUUUUCAAAUGGUCCCAAAGAUGUUCAAAGGUUGGCGACUGUGAAGGAAAAUUAAUGUUAGCCAGCAACAUUUACUUUUGGUUUGACUUAAACAGGGUUGGAUGCAAGUUCAGGGUCAUUGACUAUGUUUACAUGCACAAAAUAUUCAGGUUUUGACCCUUAUUCUGAAAAUGACCUUUUUCUUACUUCCUACCACAUGAUUGAUUACACAGCUAACCAACAUGAAUAUUCCCUAAUAUUAUCUGUCAUCCCUGCAAUCAACUUCUUCAAAUGGUCAGCUUUUUUUCCGCAUUUCCAAAAACCUAAUGACAUUAAAGUCUUUCUAAAUGUUCAGAACUAUGAAUCAUUCUCCUAAUGUUGGCAGAAAUUGGGGCUCUUCUUACUUUAAGCAUGCGUCUGCUGUUGCAUGUCCUUAAGUUCCAGAGUCCUAACCUGGAAAUAGCAUUAAUAAUAAUAAUAAUUCCUUACAUUUAUUAUAGCGCUUUUCCAGAUGCUCAAAGCGCUUUACAAAUACACAUUACACAUAUUUUGUAUACAUGCAAUG